UAUACUAGUACAAGAAAAGAACCCUAGCCAUCCGAAUUUGAGGCUCGAACCUCCCCUUCUCUAACCUUUUCUAGUUUUCUAUUUUCCCAACUGGUCUGGGAGAGAGAAAAAAACCCUAAUCCUCGAUUACAAUUUUACAUCUCUCCGUUUCAGUUUUCUGUCCACAAAAUUUCGGAUUUCCAGCAUCAACUUACCUUUUCCGAAUUUGUGGAGCAGAUUAUAAGACUGAGCUAAACGAAAAUUUAACGAUUGCGGGCAAAUUUACUUUUUCUCGACGAAGACAGGAAACUUCGAUCUUUUAAGUGAAAAGUUGGGGAAAAUGGCAAAUGUGGAAGCAGCUUCUGCAGCUGCUGGUCCGAGAUAUGCACCAGAUGAUCCAACCAUUCCGAAGCCUUGGAAAGUUUUGAUUGACGGGAGUACAGGCCUUACAUAUUACUGGAAUCCGGAGACAAACAUCACGCAGUAUGAAAAGCCAGCUGGUGCGACUGCACCAGUGCCGUCUGGUGCUCCACAUGGGGAUACUGCUUCUCAGCCCACCGUGCAGCAUGGACAAACUGCUGAUGCUUCACAGUAUCAACAACAAUACAUGAAUCAGUUAUCUCAGCAGCAAGGACAGUUUCAGGGUCUUUCUCAGCAGCAAGGACAGUUUCAGGAUCCUCUAAAUGGACAAAUGGCUCAGCAGCAGCCUGCACAAAUCCCUCCAGCCGGGCAGCAGCAAUAUGCACAUUUAGGGCAAGGAUUGCCUCAAAGGGGACCGCAUAUUGGACAAGCACCGAUGCAACAGGGACAGGCAACGCAGCAGCAGCAUUAUGGGCAGCAAAUGACGCAGCAAUCUGGCCAACAGUUGUUGGCACAGCAAGGGUCGCAGACGGUGCAACAUCCAAUUCAGCAUAGUUCUCAUCAAUUAGGGCAACAAACACCCCUGCACCCGGGCCCAACAGUGGGACAAGGGAAUCAUUUUAUACCUCAGCAAAUCAAUUAUGCUGCUUACCAGCAACCACCCAUGCUCCCACAGGGGCAGCAAAAUGCUCAACCUCAUCCUCAGCUCAUGACUCAAGGACCCCAAUUCUCAUUUCAACAAGAUAAUAGAAACGCCGUAUCCCAGCAGCAAGAUGAUUCUGAUUUUUCCAAGGUUAAGCAAACAGGGGGUUCGAUGUCUCUGGUUGAGCCAAGUGGCCGUGCAGCUGGUCAGGGCCCACCAUCUAUGAAUAUUCCCAAUCAUGGAUUGCAGGCUAGUCCCCUCUCUGGUCAAUCACAACCUUUUGCUUCCUCAGUCCACAUGCAUCAACCUCCAUCAAAUGUUAAACCCCAAGAGAGUCGAAACGAGAUUGUCAACCCACAAGCUUCCGCUUACCAAAAUCAAAUGGGCCAAUCCAUGAUGAAUAAUCAGCAGCAUGGCCCGUCUCCUGGUGGACGAACUAUGGGUUAUGAUGAAAACCAGCAACUUCGUUCUGGGCAAGGAUAUCACUUCAACGCUAACAAGGAAGCACCGAUGAUGGCUCCUCAUCACCCUAAUCUUGCUGCACUGCCAAUGGGGAGAAAUCAGCAGGACUUGAGGAUAGGUGCCUUGCCGCAUCAAAAUAUACCACCUGGCCAUGAUGGUGGUUUAAAUCCGGUAGCUGCACAUGUGAUGCAUAGCACAUAUAAUCAUGCAAAUGUUGAUCUGCCCAUAUCUAACCAACCUUUUAUGAGACCAUCUCCUAUGAUGCCUGGUUCCUCAGAUAUGACUUCUUCAGUUGAAGCUUACCGACUUCAACAUGAAGUGACUGCCACGGGCGAGAAUGUUCCAGCCCCGUUUAUGACUUUUGAAGCCACUGGCUUUCCUGCGGAGAUAUUAAGAGAGAUACAUUCUGCUGGUUUCUCUUCGCCAACGCCAAUCCAAGCACAAACAUGGCCUAUUGCACUACAAAACAAAGAUAUAGUGGCGAUUGCAAAGACGGGUUCAGGAAAAACAUUGGGUUAUUUGAUGCCUGCCUUUAUCCAUUUAAGGCAGCGGCGCAAUAAUUCGCGGCUUGGUCCAACAGUCUUAGUCUUGGCUCCGACUCGUGAACUUGCUACACAAAUUCUAGAUGAGGGCAUAAAAUUUGGACGAUCUUCUAGAAUCUCUUGCACGUGUUUGUAUGGUGGAGCUCCCAAGGGUCCUCAGCUCGAAGAAUUACGCCGUGGAGCUGAUAUUGUUGUGGCGACUCCUGGCCGUCUCAAUGAUAUUCUUGAGACGAGGAAUAUUGAUCUUCGACAAGUUUCACUGCUUGUUCUUGAUGAGGCAGAUCGAAUGCUUGACAUGGGGUUUGAGCCUCAAAUUCGCAAGAUUGUGAAUGAGAUACCUCCUCAAAGGCAAACUCUCAUGUACACGGCAACCUGGCCAAAAGAAGUCCGGAAAAUAGCUGGUGAUUUACUCCGCAGUCCUGUGCAGGUGAACAUUGGAAAUGUUGAUGAACUUGCUGCAAACAAGUCUAUUACACAGUAUGUAGAAGUCGUACCACAAAUGGAGAAGCAACGGCGUGUGGAGCAGAUUCUUAGAUCCCAGGAAAGGGGCUCCAAGAUUAUUAUUUUCUGCUCUACAAAGAAGAUGUGUAAUGAUCUUGCACGUAGCAUUGGCCGGACUUUUCCUGCUGCUGCAAUCCAUGGAGACAAGUCUCAGGGUGAGAGAGACUUUGUGUUGAAUCAAUUCCGCUCUGGGAAGUCACCAAUUUUAGUUGCAACUGACGUUGCAGCUAGAGGCCUUGAUAUAAAGGACAUAAGGGUGGUGAUAAACUUUGAUUUUCCAACUGGCAUUGAAGAUUAUGUUCACCGAAUCGGUAGGACUGGCAGGGCAGGGGCAACAGGAUUAUCUUAUACUUUCCUCUCCGAACAAGAUUGGAAGCAUGCUGCUGAUCUGGUUAAAGUUUUGGAGGGAGCUAACCAGCAAGUCCCUCCACAAGUCAGAGAAAUGGCUCUCCGUGGUGGUCCUGCUUUCGGUAAAGAUCGAAAUGGUAUGAAUAGGUUUGAAUCUGGUCCUGGCCCAGAAUUUGCCAGUGGUGGACGUUGGGAUUCAGGUGGGAGGGGAGGUGGCAUGAGGGAUGGUGGUCGCGGUGGCUUGAGAGAGAGAGAUGGUGGUUUUGGAGGUCGUGGUGGUGGUUUUGGCAGCUUCCGUGGUGGUGGCAUGAGAAAUGAGGGUUUCGGAGGGCGCGGCAUGAGAGAGAGAGAUGAUUAUGGACGUGGGGGUCGAAGUGAUUUCGGUGGUCGCGGAAAUAGGGGAGGACGUGGUGGAUUUGGGGGGCCUGGUGGUGGGUAUGGAGGUCGGUCUAGGGACGAUUAUGGGUCCCAAGAUAGGUUCAACAAUAGAGAUGGGGGAUUUGGACGUGGCCGUGGUAGGGGUCGGUUUGAUAACAGGCGAGAUGUGACACCGAGGAGUAGAGGAAGGAGUCGCAGUUCUAGUCCAGAGAAGGUUCGUACAUGGGGUGGUUAUAGCAGGAGUGUGAGCCGUAGUCGUUCUCGGAGCAGAAGCCGAAGCAGGAGCCGCAGCCGAAGUCCCCGUCGCAGUUAUAGCCGUAGCCGGAGUUACAGCCGUAGCCGAAGCCGCGGCCGUAGCCGGAGCCGCAGUUUUGACGGGUAUGAGUUGCCUGCUAGACGAGAACGUCGUCCGUCUGGAUUUGAUAAGCUUCCUGCCCCAGAGAGUCUUGAACAGAGGGAUGUGGCAGCUAGUUUAGUUGGCCCUCCCGCAGAAUCACAAAUGACUAAUAACCAUUCUUUGCCUGUUUGUGAUGCUGGGGCAAAGCUACAGGCAAAAGAUGAGCCUACUGUACUUCCUGGUGUGGCCAAUUUAUCUGAUCCAUCAGGAGGUGGACUAUAGGGGAUUUUGUAUCUAUCCUCCGAAAACAGCACAUUGACGGCAGCCGUAUGAAUUUAUGAAAACAAAGAUGGGAGAGGAAGGAAAGCACCUGAUGAUGCAAUUUUCACGGCUCUUUCACCUUCAUCUUGUUGAAGGUUAUCUUGGUGGAACUUUAGUUAUAUUAGGAUAUAUGCACAAUGAUUUAUUUUGAAGAGCAGCCUGGUGUUUUGCAUCUUGUAUCGGCUGUUUUUUAGCUAAAAUUAUGCUGAAGACUCCGAGCAGUUUCUAGUGGUUGGGGAUAUAUUUUUGUUAACGCUCAUUAUGUAUUUUCUUAGCGGAUUAUACUCUUUAUUUUUGCCCUUGGUAUUUGAAAGUCGAUCAUUUUAGAGCUA